GAUGUUGUUUCCAUGUGUAGGCGAAUCACGUGGGGAGAAUCCGUUGAUCGUCUUGUCCCUGCUGUAGGAGUUGCUCCGUUCUUGAUUUUCAUUUUGGUUGCUACCUCGCUUUGUUUUUAAACACCCCCCUCAUACAUUUCACCGAAGAAUGAGCGACAACGAAGAUAUCGAUGUUGACAGUGACGCUGACAAACGAGCACAUCACAAUGCGCUGGAGCGCAAACGUAGGGACCACAUUAAAGACAGCUUCAGCAGUUUACGGGACUCUGUGCCUGUGUUACAAGGGGAGAAGGUUAGUGAACAAUCUGUCAAACAGGCUUCCCGAGCUCAGAUCCUAGACAAAGCCACAGACUACAUCCAGUACAUGAGACGAAAAAACCACACACACCAGCAGGACAUUGACGACCUGAAGAAGCAGAAUGCAAUGCUAGAGCAGCAGGGUGAGUGUGGGCUCAAGGCCCAGGGACAACUGCAGGUGCAGGAGGUCCGUGCACUGGAGAAGGCCAAAGGGAACACUACUCUCCAGGCCAACUACUCUUCCUCUGACAGCAGCUGGUACACCAACCCCAAGGGGAGCACAGUGUCUGCCUUCGACGGAGGCUCUGACUCCAGCUCUGAAUCAGAGACAGAGGAGCCGGCCAAUAGAAAGAAGCUGCGUGUGGAGCCCAUCUAGACUCCAUCCACAGUGUUAUCACCAGAGAGACUCUUAUCCACCAGCCCCCUCCUGUUCAGUCUGUUUCCAUUCUUCUCAUGCCAGUCCAGGAGACAGAGGGAAGACCAUGUGAGAAAGGUGCGAUCGUGGCUUUUCCAACAUUUUGUUACUUACAGCCUUAUUAUAAAAUGGAUUAAAAUGUUUUUUAAAUGUAUGCGCAUUACCCCAUAAUGACAAAGCAAAAACUGUUUUUUUUAGACAUGGUUGCACAUUCAUUAAAAAUAAACGUAUCACAUUUACACAAGUAUUCAGACCCAGUACUUUGUUGAAGCACCUUUGGCAGCGAUUACAGCCUCGAGUCUUGGGUAUGAUGAAGUUUGGCACACCUGUAUUUGUGGAGUUUCUCCCAUUCUUUUCUGCAGAUCCUCUCAAGCUCUGUCAGGUUGGAUUUGGAACAUCACUGCAUGGCUAUUUUCAGGUCUCUCCAGAGAUGUUCGAUUGGGUUCAAGUCUGGGCUCUGGCUGGGCCAUUCAAGGACAUUCAGAGACUUGUCCUGAAGCCACUAGUGCAUUGUCUUGGCUGUGUGCUUAGUGUCUUUGUCCUGUAGGAAGGUAAGCUGUCACCCCAGUCUGAGGUCCUGAGCAGGUUUUCAUCAAGGAUCUCUGUACUUUGCUCCGUUCAUCUUUCCCUCGAUCGUGACUAGUCUACCAGUCCCUGCCGAUGAAAAACAUCCACACAGCAUGAUGCUGCCACCACCAUGCUUCACCGUAGGUAUGGUACCAGGUUUCCUCCAGAUGUGACACUUGGCGUUCAGGCCAAAGAGUUCAAUCUUGGUUUCAUCAGACAGGUGAAUCUUGUUUCUACAUGGUCUGAGAGUCCUUUAGGUGCCUUUUGGCAAACUCCAAGUGGGCUGUCAUGUGCCUUUUUACUGAGGAGUGGCUUAUUACAUUUACAUUUAAGUCAUUUAGCAGACGCUCUUAUCCAGAGCGACUUACAAAUUGGUGCAUUCACCUUAUGACAUCCAGUGGAGCAGCCACUUUACAAUAGUGCAUCUAAAUCUUUUAAGGGGGGUGAGAAGGAUUACUUUACCACUACCAUUAAGGCCUGAUUGGUGGAGUGUUACAGAGAUGGUUGUCCUUCUGGAAGGUUCUCAUAUCUCCACAGAGGAACUCUGGCGCUUAUUUAUUUACAAUGACGGUUAACAGUGAGUUAACUGACUUGUUCAGGGGCAGAAUGACAGAUUUUUACCUUGUUAGCUUGAGGAUUCGAUCUAGAAAUCUUUCGGUUACUGGCCCAACGCUCUAACCACUAGGCUCCCUGCUGCCCCUUUGACCUCAUGGCUUGGUUUUUGCUCUGACAUGCACUAUCAACUGUGGGACCUUAUAUAGACAGGUGUGUCUUUGUCAUUAUGGGUUAUUGUGUGUAGAUUGAGGAAAUGUCUAUCCAUUUCAGAAUAAGAAUGUAACAAUGUGAAAAAAGUCGGUCUGAAUACUUUCCGAAUGCAGGGUAUAUACAACUCUUCAACCUUUAUCCUCCUUUGCCAGUGUAUUGUCACGCCUCAUGGUGCACCAACACCUCUCAACACCCCCAAAGUGAGACAGCUCUGCAGUUUGAAGGACUUGAUGCUUUUAAAACAUCAUUGUUCAGAAUCGGAUAUGAAGGUGAGCAGGUGAACAGCUUUAGUCUAGCUACAACAACAUCUCUCGUUUUGAAUCAUCUUAAUGAACCUGUUCGAAGAGUUGAGACUUACACAGACCUUUGAGAAAAUGUCCGUAGGAAUAGUUUACCUUUUUAAUAUUUGUACUUUUCCACAAAAGAAUGCGAAGUUGCUUUGAAAAAAAAUGUAUCUAAUGCAAUCUUCUGGAAUCAAGGUGGAUGGCUGAAGUCUUUAAAUAUAGGGAUUUGAAUACACAUAUUUCUAAGUGAUAUGUUGAAAUUGAUUUCUUAUUCCAUAUUGUACAUUUUUGUUCAACUUUACCACUUGUCAAUGGAGAUUGUUCAUCCUUCAUCAGUGUUGGCAUCAUUUAAUAUAUUCUCACCUCACAGGUUCAGCAAUGUUUUUACUUUGUUAUUCUCAAGAAAAUGGAGAUUACAUAUUUAUUUUUUCGAAAUGGAUAAAUACUUAAUGUUACACAAUGCAGUUAAAAGGUAGUAACCUUUUUAUUUGUAUUAAAGGAAAAGGCCAUAUCAGUGUAGUGCAUAUUACUGUAAACUUGUAAAUGUUGUCCAUUCUACAAAGAAAAACCCUCAAAAUAUUUGUCUGUCCUGGGAAUGUUUGUCAUUUAGAUUUUUUAUUUUACAGAUAAUUAGUGUGUAAGAAUCUAGAUUUUUUUGUUGUUGAUUCUAUUGAUAUUACAGGUGUUGUAAGUACUGCCAACCAUUUUUGGAAGUUGAGGCAUACCUUUGCUGAGGAACUAUUAUAAAUAAAACUAUUUUAUCCA